CGCGUGAAAGCCUUGUGGAAAGGGAUGGGAGGAACUUAUUCCCAAGGGAUUUGAAAACUCAUCUACGCCUGUGGGGGCAAACUCUUUGCCCUAGCGAGCGUCAGCCGGAUGCGAAGAGGACCAGCGCGAGGGGGCGGUGGCCGCGGCCGCGGACUCGCCGUAGCUCGGGAUUCCGACGCCAGCCUGGCCAGUAGUCGGCCUUCCUCCGUGGGCGGUCGCCCUGCCUCUGCCGCUCCUUCCGCCCUACUGACGGAUCGGCCCGCCCAGGCCGCCGCACUCCAAUCCGUCAACGCUUUCCUCGCCUCCCACUCCGCUCCUGUCACCCUUAAGCCCCCUCUCCCCGCCGCCCGAGAUAUUACCGAGGCGCUCCACUUCAUGCUCGGUUGCCUCGAUUAUCCCUUACACGACCUCGGUGAGGACCUUCCCUCACUCCUCCAUCAUCUCCACUGCCCCCUCAAGCUCAAUCGCUCGGCCCUCAAGGCGCCCGGCACCCCCCACGCUUGGCCGCAUGUUCUCUCCGUCCUCCACUGGCUCGUUCAAUUCGUCCUCGUAACUGAGCCCACCACCGCCUCUUCCUCCCCGCAGACAGAUCAGCACGACGAAUUUCUCUUCUUUGUAACUCGCAGCUACUCCCACUUCAUCACCGGUGAAGAUGACGCUGUUGAGGAUCUCGAUGAGGAGUACCUCGGCAAGGCCCAACACCAGGCUGCCGAUACUGCUGCAGCCAUGGAGGCCCGCGAGAGGGAGGCCGAGGAUCUGAAGGCAAAACUUCAAACUUGUCUAGCGGAGCCAUCAAAGAAGGUAGCCCUGGAAAGGGAGAAGGGGAUGUUGGUCGAGGACGUCAAGAAGUUCCAGGCGGUGGUGGACACUUGGGGUGGAAAGGUGGCUGCAAUGGAAGCUUCAAUGCAGGAGUGGGAGAAGGAGCAUGAGGCCAAGGAAAAGGAGAGCGAUAGGUUAUGCAAGGAAAAUGAAGAAUUGCAAAGGCGGAUUGAUACCCAGGUUGUCAACGUGCGUGAUAUGGAUAGGAUGAAAAGGGAGAUGCAGAGGGUAGAGAGGGACAUUGCAGAUGUAGAGAGCGGGAGAAAUGAAUUGGAGGAAAAGACCUGGGAACUUGAGGCAACCAUCAGCAGGAAACUCGAUGAAAUCGAGUUGAUCUUGGAACAGAGUAAUCAGGCUGUUAGAGAGCUAAAGCUAGGGACUGAUUUUCAGUAUGUGUUAAAUGUUAAAGGAUCUUCACCAGCUGAGGUAAUUGCAGUGAACUACAAGGCUACUUUAAAACCUGCAAUUAAUGCUCUUGCUGAAGAGACAAAGAAAAUAUCUGUCUCAAAGUUGGAGGAGUCAACUACUCUACAAGAACAAUCAAGAAAAGAUGCUAAAAUGCUGGCAGAUAAAAGGAGCAAUCUUGCUUCUUUGCACUCCAAAAUUGAUGAGGCUGAUACUCGGAUGAUAUUGCUAAAGAAUGAAAUUGAAGAACAUGCAGCUAAAUGCUCUGCAAAAUCUGAGAAAAUGAGAGAGGAGUUUACAAAGGAAGAACAUCAGUUGAUUAUGGUUGAAAAAGAGGCAGAAGAACUUUUAAAGAAAUCUGAGAAGGAACUACAGGUUGCAACCAAAGAGGCCGAUGAAGAAACUCAGAUGUGCGCAAGUGAACUGUUGACGCUGAUUGAUGAUGUAUCAGAAUACAAAGAAUUCAUGGAGUCUAGCAUCUCAGAAAUGAAGACAGAACUAUCUGAAACUGCUGAUUUCUUGGCUUCUUUAUCAGCAAAGUUUGCUCUUUCUGACAUCCGUAGAGGUGGCUGGAAACGAGUGAAACGAGCUUGUUAAUGACAAAAUUCUGAUGGUUUUACUUGGUGUAAUAAUUUGGAAUGCUUGGUUUAACUCAAAAUCUAUUGCAAACCAUCCUUGAUUCUGAAUAACUUGAACAA